AUGUCACAGGCUCAGCUCUGCCGAGCUCUUUACGACAACACCGCUGAGUGCCUGGAUGAACUUUCUUUCCGCAAAGGGGACCUGAUGGUUCUGCUGCAGCCGGAGGCUCCGGGCUUGGAGGGGUGGCACCUCUGUUCCCUCCACGGCCAGCAGGGCAUCGUGCCCGCCAACAGGGUGAAAGUCCUGCCCGAGCCAGGAUCUCCAGGGCCGGCCCCUCGCAGAAAGCACACCCCAGGCGACGUCUACCAAGUCCCCAGGAAGGAGGCGGCGGCUCUAGCAGGAACGGCGUUCGAAGCGACCCAGGAUGAGCUCAGAAGAAGGGGGCCGCGUCAAGAAGAGCAGGAAGUCUAUGAGGUGCCCCCGCCUGCUCGGCCUUGCCCUCUACCCCCUGAAGGGAUCUACAGGGUCCCCCGCGGUAUCAGAAGAGACGGCCCUACAGAGGUUUAUGACGUCCCCUCAUCUUUGCUCCGGGACCCUCCAGCGGACACCUACGACUCGCCUUCCCCAUGUCCCAAGAAGGUAGCCCGCGUGGCCCCCCAGCCCACUCUCCCCCCGCCCUCUGAUGACCCCUAUGACGUGCCGCUUGCCUUCAAGAAGCCCUCUGGUCUAGAGGAGGAAGAAGAGGAGGAAGAGGGAGGCUCGGAGAGGCCCCUUGUCUACGCCACCCCGUCCAACUUGCGGCGAGCCUCGGCACUGCUGAACUUGUACGAGUCACCCGAGGAAGUGCUGGGAGGGGGGCGGGAGGAAGAACAAGAGGAGGAAGAGGAAGAUGGAGGCAUCUAUGAUGUUCCUCUUCUGCCGCCCGGCUCUCCACCCCUCGAGGGGGCACUUCAAGGACUAAGCUUGAGGGAGCCUGGCCCCCCUUCCCGCCCUCGUCUGCCCUCUGCCGAGAGUCUGUCUCGCCGUCCAUUGCCUGCCCUUCCCAGCGAAGAACGGCUUUCUAUAGAGCCUCCGCCACCGUCGCCAAGUAUCGUCAGGAAGGGCAGCAUCCAGGACCGACCGUUGCCCCCGCCGCCUCCCCGACUGGGGGGUCUUGGAGCAGGGGACCAGCUGGAGUCUGUCAGGGACGAGGGGUACAAUGAAUACGAGGGGAUCCGCCUGGCAGAGGAAUAUGACUAUGUUCAUCUCAAGGGAGCAGAUAAAAUCCAGCCCAAGGCAUCAACGCCUGAAGGGACUUCCGGACCCGCACUUCCUGGUGACACAGCUCAGACUGAAGAACAGGUGCCGCCUUCCCCGGAGGACAGCCAGUUGUUGCAGUUCUAUACAGGGCAGUGUCAAACCCAUUACAACACCCUGCUUUCAGCCAUCGAGGCACUCCUUGCCAGCGCCGGUGCCAACCAGCCCCCCCGAGUCUUCGUGCCCCACGGGAAGUUCGUGAUCAUCACGGCGCACAAACUGGUGUUCGUGGGGGACACCGUGUCUCGGCUCGCGUCCUCCUCCACCGUGCGAGCCAGGGUGGGGGCGGCCAGCGGUGCCCUGUGCCAGGCCCUGAAAGACGCUGUCCUGUCGGUCAAGGGUGCCGCCUUGCGCUACCCAUCGCUUCCUGCCGCCCGUGAGAUGCGGGAGUGCGUGGCGGAGCUCUCCCGACGGGCGCUGGCCUUCACCUCUUUGCUGGCCACCUUGGCGCCCUCUUGACGUUGCGUGC